AUGCUCUUUUUAGACAGUUAUUCUCUUCUAAUACAAUUUCAGCGUUUUAAAAAUUGGGAAAGUCCUCGAAGAUUUAGUAGUUCUUUUCCUUUGCUUUUGUUUGUUUUUAAACCGAUAUUUGCUGCUAAACUUCUUAAAGAGAUUUGCUCUUCUGGUGUACUCUCUUAUUCGUUAUCAUUUCUGAAAAUUCCCCUUUCCGUGAUGCGGGUAAUACUAGGUCCCUUACCCGACGACAAGAAAUUAAAAAAUGACGCAAAAUAUUCAUUUAUGAACUAUUUUAUUAUAACUUGUAUAGGAAUAAUAAUGUAG